AUGGAGCACGGGGACGAGCCGUGUGUCCGGGAUCUCCAGGGCGCCGAGGAAAGGGAGACCCUAGCCGUCACUUGCACAGGUGCAGAAGUGGAGGAGAAUCCCCAGCAGGAAGAGUGUAUGGGAGCGGACCCACACGGGAUGCCCCAGAGCCCCGAGCGGAGAGAUGCUGGCCGGCCAGGAUGGCAGCAGGGAGACUCCGUGGAGGAGGGACCUGAUGAGUGUGAAGCUUAUGGGAUCCCUGAAAACAUCAUUAUUCUGGAAACCACCUUCAUGGGAGAGAGACCCUAUAAAUGCCUUGUCUGUGGGAAAUCCUUCAGCCAGAGCUCCCACCUUGUCCAGCAUCAGCGGAUCCACACCGGGGAGCGACCCUACAACUGCCCCGACUGUGGGAAGAGCUUCAGCCAGAGCUCCCACCUCGCCCAGCACCAGCGCAUCCACACCGGGGAGCGGCCCUACCAGUGCGUUGAAUGUGGGAAGAGCUUCAACCGCAGCCACACGCUGGCUAAGCAUGUCCGCACCCACAUGGGCUCGCAGCCCUACAUCUGCCCUGAGUGCGGGAAGAGCUUCAGCCUCAGCUCCCUCCCUCAGCACCUGCGAUCCCACCUGCCCGGGAAGCUCUACACCUGCUCUGAUUGUGGGAAGGGCUUCAGCAGCAGCUCCAACCUGGCCCAGCACCAGCGCACCCACACGGGCGAGCGGCCCUACAAAUGCUCAGACUGUGGGAAAGGCUUCAGCCAGAGCUCCAACCUGGUGAAGCACCAGCGCACCCACACGGGGGAGAAGCCCUACAAGUGCACCGAGUGCGGGAAGUGCUUCACCCAGAGCUCCACCCUCAUCCAGCACAGGCGGAUCCACCGGGGCGAGCGUCCCUACAAGUGUCCCGAGUGCGGGAAGAGCUUCGGCCUCAACUCGUCGCUGGGGAAGCACCUGCGCAUCCACACCGGGGAGCGGCCCUACGAGUGCACGGAGUGCGGGAAGAGCUUCAACCUGAGCGCCAACCUCAUCCAGCACCAGAGGAUCCAUCGUGGAGAGCGGCCCUACAAAUGCCCUGAGUGUGGGAAGUGCUUCAAUCUGAAGUCCACCCUGGUCAAACACCUGCGCACCCACACAGGAGAGAGACCCUAUAAAUGUAGCCAGUGUGGGAGGAGUUUCAUCGACAGCUCCAAGCUCAGCAAACAUGCCAGGACCCACGUGGCAGAGAAGUCUCCGCAGGAGGUGCAAUAA